UGUGGAGAAUGGGGCACGGCGUUGGAGCUAAGAAAGGGAGAUCGCCGCCGCCGCCGGAGGCUGUUGAGGCAUGAAUACUGGCGGUGGCAGGGGCCCACCAAGGCAAUGACCGGAACAAUGGUAAAAAAGAAUCAGAUAUUGCGAACGAAUCUGAAGGUAUUUUGGUGGAUGAGCCGUGAAAUAUUUUUGGCCGGUCUGACUGCAGAGAAGCGCGUGAUGGUGAGCGUUCUGGUGUUUUGA